AUGGAGGUUGAUGAGCCGGCUGUUUCUGGGGAAUGUAGCUCUGAUUUGGCCAAGUUUCUGUUGGCAGCGGCUGCCAGAAGGAAACGACGUGAAGCCCUUUGUGAGAAGGGAUUGGAAGAUCUGGCUCAACAAGAAGGUUGUUCUAUAGCUCGUAAGUCUUUUCUUAAAUUUUUGCUGAAUUUAGGAAGUGGCAAAACUAAUAUGCAUAAAGAAUUAGAGUAUUUUAGUAGAAACGAUAUUGUAGUAGAAUAUUGAUAGUAUAUCGGUCUUUGAAACAAACAAAAAUCUUCAAAAUUUGUUUUUUUUUUAUCUACGGAAAGUUUUAUAUGAAUUUCGUAUGUUUUUAAAAAACUUUUAGGGUGUUAAAAUUAAGAAAUAGUUUGUUUUUUGACCUCAAAGUGGUUGUUAUGGUAGUGAAGGUGCAAUUGGCGGUAGGAAUUGACAAGUGCAAGUUGGCACUAGCCUCUAAUACAUUAUUUAUGCUGUUUGUUGGUCAAUAUUCUAGCGUAUUUUGCAAAGAAUGUUGUUCAUUUUCGUUAUUAGCGUGACCGUAUUUUAGGUACAGCCUUAUAUUAGGAAUAUGAGAUCUUUUAGCUUAGCUUCUAUAAAGUAUACCUAAAUAUUUAAAUUUUAUAUUUUUAGAUCUCUUGAACUCGGUGUCGAAGAGUCAAAACGCAUCAGGAUUUCCGUCUUUCUCCAGCUCAUACUCUGACAAUCCGAGUACCUCUGCUCACGCUUCUUCUGGCGGAUCUUUGAACUCAAACUACUCUUCUAGACCUACACAACCUCUGAGGUCGGCUUCUGGAUUGGAUCCUCAAUUUCAAAUGCCGCCAGCUAGAAGCGAAGCACCUCUGCCAGUUAAGCUAGACAUAUCACCAAUCAAACCUGUGUUACCUCAAGUAAAGAGGAGUGGACUAAAGGAUGUUACUAAAGAAAAGAAGGGUGCUGUUAAAGGUAAGAGAUGUUUAGUGGAAUAAAGCGUUACUUCGAAGAUUUAAGGUUUAAGACUGUUUUCACUUGAAUAUGUGUUUUUUAUUUAGUCUAAUGUUAUGUUGUUUUAGCUGAAUCAAGCUCAUCCAAAUCACUGAUACCUCCAACUCCAGUGUCUCGAAAAGCUGAACUAAAGCCUAGACUAGAAGUACCUUCGAAAGCACCCAAUGUAACUAGUAAACUGAUCAGAGUAAAGGACAAGACCUACAUGGAGAAAAAGUUGAUUGGUUUUGGAGGAAGUUGCAAGGUGUACGAAGCUGUGGAUAUAUCAAAUGAAGAUGUCAGAGUUGCAGUGAAGGUGGUUGACUUGAAUUGCGACAGUAAACUGAAGACGAUAUAUCUGAAUGAAGUAAAGAUUCUGGAAGAGCUACAGGGCAGCGACUACAUCGUCAAACUUAUUUCAUAGUAAGUUUUAAUGGAUGUGGUAUAACUUAAGUUAUGCCACUAUUAUUUAUAAUGCCGUUUUUACUUUAUUAUAAGGGCCAAAAGAUGGUGAUGUACUAGUGUGGUAAUAAAGUAAAUAUUAAACUUUCAGUCAGACAAUACAAGACAAACUCUAUGUUGUUAUGGAGUUGGGAGAGCGAAGUUUGGCUACAUAUAUAGAGAAUGUCAAGACGAAUCGAGGACUUAAGCCUAUGUUCCUACGGUAUCAUUGGGAACAGAUGUUGUUGUGUGUAAAGACGAUUCACAGUAAAAGUGAGUUACCAUUGGAUUUGUAAACGUUUUUAUAAAGAUACUGCAAAAAAUUUAAAAAAGGGCUUGAAGUUAUAAAUUUGUGCUUUAAAAAUAUUUUUUAGAUAUUAUCCACUCUGAUCUGAAGCCGGCAAACUUUUUAAUGGUCGAUGGGCGACUAAAACUGAUUGAUUUUGGCAUAGCGGCCAAGUUAGAGGACAAAUCGGAAAGUAUAAUUCAGCCAGGAGGUAUGGGGACACCCAAUUACAUGAGCCCAGAAGCUGUGGGAUUCAGGUUUGACAAUCGGUCGGCUUUUGAAGUAAGUAUAACAUGUAAUUCAUGAUAAUAUAUCUCUAUGCUUUGCUUGAAUUGUGCGGAAAGAUAUUGAUGUAGGCAUCUUCUUGUUAUGUUAAGCAAAUGAUUCUAAAAUAACUGCUAAGAGGGUAUUGUUAACCUUUAUUUUUAAUGUUAGUAACAGUAACCACCUACUAAUGUAAAACUUUUCAGAUUACUGUAAAAACGGAUGUGUGGUCGUUGGGAUGUAUACUAUAUGCGUUAAUAUACGGUAAAACGCCUUUCUCUGAUAUGAAAUCGAAUUCCAUGAAAAUUCAAGCAAUAAAAUCAGCAAAGAUCAAGUUCGACGAUGUCAACGACCCUCAGCUAUUGGAUACACUUAAGGUAACAGUAUAUCAUUUUAUUUUGUCACAUUGUCAUUAUUUUGGAUGUUUUUGAAAUGUUUUUGAUGAAUUUCUUUAUGAUUAAAAAACUAUUGUUUUACAUGUUUUAGGUAUGAAAUCUGUGUUACGUUAUUAAUUUUACUGUGAUUUUGAUUUCAGCGAUGCCUCGAAAAAGACCCAACGAAACGAGCGUCAGUCCAAGAACUUUUGAACCACCCAUACCUAGACUUUUCUCACAAAGAGAAUGCUGUUGAUGUGACUCUGAUGGACGAUGAACUUCAACAUUAUGUCAAUCAGAUCAACAGCAGCACGCCGAGAACGGCGAUGAAGUUGGCUCGAGAGAUGAGGAAGGGCAAAAAGCCUAGCAACGUCUGA